AUGAAGAUCAAGUACUCAAGUGCAGUCACCUCCAAACAAGUAAAGCAACAGCAGAAGGCCCAGCAGCAGCAGCAACAGCAGCCUCUUCCUGCACCAAGCCGAUGUCGUCUUCAGAAGCAGAACAGAAGAAGGCUCAUGCCCCACCCUUCUGCUACUUCUCCGCGUUCUUCAAUUGAUUCCCUUUCAUCGAUCCCCGGCAAAUUGUUUUGUUUCCCUCGCAAUCACGGCAGCAGGCAUGCCCGCAUUAAGUAG